GCGCUUCAGACCACGUGGUCCCUAUGAUUGCCUUCUUCCCAUUGCAAGCGUCGGCUGUAGUAUUCCGAGCUAACAUUGUUCCACUUUUCUCAGUUUUAGCUCGUUCAUACAGCAACAUGGCGAAGCCAAAAGUUUUCUUUGAUAUGACCAUUGAUGGUAAACCCGCUGGCACUAUUACAAUGGAGUUGAGGGCAGAUGUAGUACCAAAAACAGCUGAAAAUUUCCGUGCUUUGUGUACUGGUGAGAAGGGCUUUGGCUUUGAGGGCAGUAUUUUCCAUCGGGUCAUCCCUGGCUUCAUGUGCCAGGGGGGAGAUUUCACCCGUGCCGAUGGAACCGGUGGCAAGAGCAUCUACGGUGCAAAGUUUGAGGACGAGAACUUUCAACUGAAACAUACUGGUUCUGGAAUUCUGUCCAUGGCAAAUGCUGGUCCAAAUACCAAUGGCUCUCAGUUUUUCUUGUGCACCGCCAAAACCGAUUGGUUGGAUGGCAAGCAUGUUGUAUUCGGAGCCGUAAUAGACGGAUUGGAUGUUGUUAAGGAAAUUGAGAAAGUGGGCUCCCAGUCAGGCAAGACGUCAAAGAAAGUUGUUGUAGCCAAGAGUGGACAGGUGCAAACCUAGUUAUGAUCUGGAAUCAUUUUAAUCAUUCUUUUAAAUCAAACUGACAUUGUUCUCUGUAGUCUGAAAAAUCAUUGUCAUUGCCACGUCUGUAUUUCGUAAUUUCAAGCUGUCAAAAAAAUGUAAAGUGUAACGUUUCAAAAAGUAUAUGUUCUUCAAAGAUGUUUGUGGGAUUAAGAAUAAAAACAUGUUGGCUAGUCUA